AAUGUAAAGCUCAGUGUAUGCGUAUGCGCAGACGUGUUCAGUGGCUAACGCGCGCGGACUUAAAAUAAAAUUAAAUAUCUUAUUAGUAAAUAAAAAUUAAACACACGAGUAGAAAAAAUAUAUUUAUUUAGGAAUAAAAGAUACGGGAUAUAGAAAUAAAAGAGAGAUACUUUUGCAAUGAAUUUUAAGAUGGAUAUAAUAUGUAAAUUUGUAUUUAUUUUUGUUUUAAAAUUAGCGUUGAGUGAAAAAGUUUUCAAAAGUGUACCAGUUGUGGUCAAGACUUACGAAAAUGACAGCGUGUUGUUGCCUUGUUACGUUAAUCAUGAAGAUGGCGAAUUAAGAGUUCUCUGGUAUAAAGAUUCAACACUCCUCGGGGACAGUGCGGAUCCUAACCGCCUUUUGCCGCUUCGUACAAGGAUGCACGCCAACUACAGUCUCCAGGUCGACGGUUUGAUAGCAGACGACACAGCAGAUUACACUUGCGAGGUUAUUCGUCCAGAGCCCUUGGGUCCAGUCAGACAGACACACGCCAUCGAGGUUCAAUAUGCUCCAAUAGUGAGGACAAUACCUGAAGAAGGUUAUUUGGAAGUCAAGAAAGGUGAAUACGUUGACAUUGGUUGUGAGGCGACUGGGACACCUACUCCUAUCGUCAAUUGGAAGAAGAAUGGAGAGUCCAUGGCGCUACUGGAACACAGGUCCAGGAUUCGGUUCCGCGCUGAACACCGUCUUCUAGCUGGGGUGUACGAGUGUACAGCAACCAAUGGCGUCGGCGACCCCAUGACAGCGGCAAUAACAGUUAUAAUACAAGACGCUCCAGUAGUAACUACAUCUCGUAGUUUCGUUCAUACGGCUAUAGGGCUGAGAGCGGUGCUGGCGUCCAAGCUAGAGUUUGCAGCACCCCCAGCUCGCACGGCCUGGUACAGAGAUGGAAAACCAGUUCGGACAGACGACAGAAUUAUAAUAAUGGUUAAGGACAAUGUCCAUCAGUUAAUAUUUAGGAGCGUCCGGAAAUCUGAUUUCGGUAACUACACCUUCAGAGCUGAGAAUAGUCUCGGUAUGGCCGAUGUUUCGUUCAAAUUGACGGGUGUUCCAAAUACCGCGUCAUUUAAAGUGGAUCCCUCUCUAAACAAAGCAGAUGCAACAAGUUACACACUGCUGUGGGAAGUUGAUAGCUACUCCAAUAUCAUAGAGUAUAAUCUUUGGCUUCGUCCAUACUACGGUCGUCCCGCUACCACGGAAUCGGACUUCAUAACGACCGAGACUCCAAACGUCUGGUCAAAGAUCGUGGUACCGGGAGACUCUAAUGAAGGUCCAAUACACAGCGCCGCUUAUUCCGUCAGAGGCUUAACUCCGUCUACCGUCUAUGAGGCGGUGGUCACGUCUAGAAAUAGAUUUGGAUGGAGUAAGCCUUCCGCUGUUCUACAUUUCGCUACAGAGCCUGGAGCCGGAAAAAUUUUACUCUCGACAUCGGAUUACACCGAUUUCACUCCAAUCUUAGAAGAUCCUGAACCACAGCAACUUUACAAUAUAACACAGGCGCAAGUUUUCGAACGUUUCAACGAACUGUCAAAUUCAUCGAGGCGGGAUAAAAUAUCAUUAACCUGUAUGUUUACUUUCGCAUUUAUAUUAUUUAAAUACUUUUGUUGAUAUUCAAUACGAAAUUUGUCGUUACCAGCUCGUUCGAUGGCAUUUUUGAUAUAAUGCAUCUCAUUUGUAAACUUUAUUAAAUAAAUUGCGCCCAUUAAUUAUUACUUUAGACGUAAUUGUUCAUGUUAUAACAAUUAACUAUACAUUUUUCGGAAUUUUAUACGUCUUAAAACUUUGUAUACUUUUUUCUUAGUAUAUUUUUUUUUUAUUACAUUUAAAGUAAAGUUAUCUGCCAGAAAGUGAUUGGAUUGUAUUUAAUUAUAAAGUGUGGUUGAGCAGAUCUGGCCUGGAAAUAAAUUGAUAUCAACUUACCCUCCAGUAAUACGUAGUUGUUAUAAUUUUAUGAUUUGUAAAUAGGCGAAAAGAAAAAAAAAAUAUAUUUAUUUUUUACUGAUUUUUUAUUAUUUUAUAUAAUUUUAUACUGUCAAAUAAACUAAGUUAAAUAAGUGA